AGCAUCUGUGACAAUUAUAAUUAUGUAAUGGAAAACCUUUUUCUGUAUGUAAUUAGUACCUUGGAGCUAAUGGUGGCCGAGGAUUACAUGAUUGUGUACCUGAACGGUGCCACUCCUCGUAGGAGGAUGCCUGGUUUCACCUGGAUGAAAAGGUGCUACCAAAUGAUAGACCGGAGACUGAAGAAAAACCUAAAGAUGUUCAUCAUUGUUCAUCCCUCCUGGUUCAUUCGGACUUUGUUAGGAAUCACCAGGCCAUUCAUAAGCUCAAAGUUCAGCAGUAAAAUCAAGUAUGUAAACAGUCUGCGGGAGCUUGGAGAAAUCAUCCCCAUGGAGUAUGUUCAUAUUCCACCAACCAUUCUCAAGUAUGACAAGAAGAAGGUUUUACACAAAUUUGCAUGCAUGAGCAGACUGGAUACAGAAUUACAGGAGACGUCAGCUAAGUAAGUGAGUCGACAAGGGACACUCAGCUGUCUGACAAGACACUUGGCUGCAGCCCAUUUUCUUUCUGCACUUUGCUGUGCUCAGCUUGAAUGAAAAACCAAACUGCAGCAUGACGCAUAUGGGGCAUUGUUGUUUAAAAGGCAACUAGCAAUGGAGCAGAAAGGUUUGCUGUGGUUCAAACAUCGGGUGGUUCAUUAGACCUGAGGAUGCUUGAUGUACAGUACAGUAAUGUGCUUGCAUUGCAGAGACUGUCACUGUGCUGAAGGGGAGAUACUUCAAACUGUUUUACAGUACUUGACACAUCACUUGAUAAUGUUGGUCUUUUGUUUUUUCUUGUACUUCAUCAGUGUAAGUUAUUUUGAUUUGGAUGUAUUUAAAGUAGUUCCUGGUAGUCUUUACUAGCUCCGUUAACUUCAUGUAUUAAUGAUCAAAGUGUGUAUUUUCUAAAGCCAAAAUUGUAAUUAUAAUCUAAUAUGUUUAAAAAGUUGUAUUACAUACCAUCUGCUUGCAAAAACAAGAAAGAUUUGUUCUUCCUGGACAAUAAGAACAUUGAAAUGUAGUAGACCUGUUUGCAGACUCUGUUAGUACAAUGUUUACAAAAA